CCUUUACUUACACUUCUCGAGGUACGACCAUCUCUUACUAGAAAAUUGGGUCGUUUCUCAAAUUCGCUAGUCCUCGAUCUCAAGUAUUUUUUCGACCUUUUAGUCGGAGGGAGUCAUCCGCAGUUCUUCCCGAGUCUGCGGAGAGCCCUGAUAAUUUUCGCUCAACCGUUUACAUAACUGUUUAGCAUUAUUGUUCGGAUCGCGUGCAUUCUAAGCAGCGAAUCCACUGGCAGCUUCAAGUCAGAACUUACGUGCAUGCUGAAGCGAAGCGAAACGUUCGUAAAUCGCGACGGCCCCAGUUAUUCCAGCCUAUAAAAUACCUGCACACCAUACCAGUCCAUGGUUUCACAUCCUUCACUGCAACAAGCUUCAUGAUGUUCACUUCCCGUUUUGCCCUCCUUGCGCUACUCACCUUCCUUGCUGGCGCCAACGCAGAAUGUGCAAAGUGCGAUACAACUUUGAAAGUUGGCACAACGACCUACACACUGGUCGGCAACACCCUGGAGCACGCCAACGGGUGGACACUUUGCACCUACUCGGAUAACGCGGGCGACAAAGUGGUCUGCGAGUAUUCGAACGGCGGUAUAAUCAUAGAUGGUGAUGCCGUGUGUCCACUUACGGCAUCGGUUUGGUGCUGAGUAGGAUGUGAAGUGGGUCUAGGGCCCCGCGGGAGGGUCAACGAUGACGAAAAUCGCUAUAGGAUGUCACAGGGUGCACGGUCAUUAGGUUGUGUCGAAUCGGCUCUCUGCCUCAGUGAUGUGAUACCUUUUGCUUCUUUGGAUCACGGUGUGAUACUACACCCGAAUAACCCAGGAUGACUACAUGGAUCGCCUCACCAUCUCUACCCGAAGAUGCCAUUCACACAUCACUUGAGUGCUUAUCAUUUCGCGAACUCCAGUCUGUAUCUGCCUUGUGUCCCGGUUCCUGUCUUAGAAGUCAAAGGCCCAGGUGUGGUCAAAAUAGGCUUGUUUCACGUAUGUUAUCAAGGCAAACAAAGUUCAAGAUGU